AAAUAAUCGAUUAUGUUAAAAUAAUGCCGAAAUCAUCAAUUAAAACCGUUAAUUAUUGAUUAACAUUUGCAGUUAAUAUUAGCACAAACAUGAUUCAUCCAUUCGCGUGCGUUAAGUUCUAAUUCAGGCAGUCACUGAGUAUUGCGUGUCAUGUAGAAAGAUAAUUUCAACAACAACUCGUACGUUUCAUCACAUCCUAUUUAAAUGAGGCAACAAUCUUAAUUUUGUCAAUUCAUUCCCAAAAAAGACUGCAGAAAACUUAAAACUCAGUGUUUAAACAUAAAAAUCGUUAUUAAAUUGAGGUAGCUGUGACGUCGUUAAGGUCUUAACUGUUCAAGGUCUUAGUGACCCUGAAAUUUUGUGUAGCAAAAAAACCGGAUGUGAAUAAUUUAAUAUUAAAAGUAGCUUAAGAAAGGAGUAAUUAUAAAGAAAAAUAUUCCCUGUUGAGAAAUGUCUCAAGCUAAUGGAAUGGAAAUUGUAGAAAUAAAUCAAAAAAGUUGGUUCACCACCGAAUGGAUUUCUUGGAACAAAUACUCGGAAAAUAUGCUAAGGACAAUUGAAAAAAGGAUUUUACAAAGUAUUAAAACAGCUUAUAGAGGUUGGUUUGUCGAUAUAGGUCCAGUAGUAGGUCCAUCAGAUAAAAUAUGGACAAUAUCUUUAAAUAUAGAAUCAAAAAACACCCCAUUAGUACUUCUUCAUGGUUUAGGAUCGGGUGUAGCACUUUGGUGUUUAAAUUUGGACACAUUAGCAGCUUCCCGACCAGUUUAUGCAGUUGAUCUUUUAGGAUUUGGACGAAGUUCUCGCCCAAGAUUCAGUAACGAUGCGUUAGAAGCUGAAAAGCAAAUGGUUAAAGCUGUUGAAGAAUGGCGAAAAGAAAUGAAACUUGAAGGUUUCGUACUUUUAGGACACAGUAUGGGUGGAUUUUUAGCGACGUCUUAUGCUAUUUCUUUUCCACAUCGAGUUAAACAUUUGAUACUUGCUGAUCCUUGGGGUUUCCCCGAACGAAAUCCUGAUGAGCGUUUUGUGGCUCCUUGGUGGUUAAAAGCAGCAGCUCACUUACUAAGACCAUUUAAUCCUUUAUGGGCGGUUAGAGCAGCUGGUCCAUUUGGACAGUGGUUAAUUAAUAAAGCCAGACCAGAUAUACCAAGGAAAUACGAAAUGUUUUUAAAUGAUGUUAGUUUAAUUCCUCAGUAUAUUUAUCAAUGUAAUUCACAAACACCCAGUGGUGAAAGCGCUUUUCAUAGUAUGAUGUAUGGUUUUGGAUGGGCUAAAAAUCCUAUGGUAAAAAGAAUUGGUAAUUUACACAAAGAUGUCCCUGUUACACUCAUGUAUGGCGCAAAAUCAUGGGUUGAAAAUGUUGCUGCUGAUAUUAUUAAAGAAAAACGACAAGGAUCUUUAGUACAAGCUCAUAUAAUAAAUGGAGCUGGUCAUCACAUUUACGCGGAUAAACCGGAAAUAUUUAAUAAACAUGUUUUGGAUGCUUGCGCAUUAACUGACACAACCACCCGUAGAACUUCCACGCCCUUAUUAAAUCAUCGACCGAAAAGUUUUGAAGAAGUUGAGAUAACAACUCCAAAUACAACAACAACAACAACGAAUCCAGAAAACACUUAACGAAAGAAUUAAAAUUUAAGGAAAUUUAAUUUAUUAAACCUAAAUAAUUAUUUAAUUCAGUGCAAAGUAACGCUGAUAUUUUGAAAAUAAUUACACAAAACAAAAACGUUUAGUGUUUUUUUUAAAUUUUUUUUGAUGAACUUUGCUUCUGCAAAGACGUUUUUAAUUAAGUUUUCUUAUUAUUUCCUCCUUAAUUUGAACUAGUGACGACUGUGAUAAGAUAUUUUGUGUAUUUAUUAUACAGAAAGGCGGGUUGUAUAAUGAUUGUUAUAUUUUUUUUAAGGUGGUAAUAAAAAUGAUUGAUUUAGUGCGAA